AAAAUGGCUGAUUUUAAAAAAACUUCAAAGAUUACCCACUCAUUGAAUGUACUUACAUCAUUCAAUGAACUAAAACAAUCCGACUGCAUUUGUAACUUCACAAUCAAAGUUGGUGACAAAUCUUUCAAAGUCCAUCGAGACCUGCUUGCCGCAGUAUCAAAGUACUUCAAAGGCAUGUUUUCAAGUAACAUGGUUGAGGCUCGGAAUGGUUUUGUCAUUAUGAAAGACUUAUGUGCUGAUGCUGUGUGGCAGUGUGUAGAUUUCAUGUAUACUGGUGAAGCAAAUCCAUCCAUGGAAUCUGUUGAGAAUACUUUGUAUGCUUCCCACUUAAUGCAGCUUGAUGUAUUAUCAAGUAUAUGCUUUAAUUUCAUGGAAAAUAAUCUGUCAGUGCAGCAUUGCCUCCUAGUGGUCAGGUUGGCAAAGCUUUAUGAUCAUACAGAGUUACAAAUCAUUGCUGAGCGAUUCAUUGUGGAUAAUUUUGAGUCUCUGAUUUUGGGUGAAAAUCUUCUACAUCUGAGCAAAGAAGAACUCGUAUUUUAUGUGCAAAAAUUGGAUAAAAAGCAUGAAGUAGUUUGGCAUGCUGUGAGAAGAUGGAUUUCAAACAAAGGUGAAGAAAUAGGAUCAGAAUUAAUGGAGAUUUUGCAUUUUGGAGAGUUUCCUUUUAAAUUUUUACUCACUGAUCUUCUAAAUGAUUCUUUGGUCGAAAGUUCUUCAGAUGCAAAAAGUUUUGUCGUUAAAAUAUUGCUUUCGAAUAUCGAUGGGUUGAAAAAGAAUUUGUCUCUCGACACUUUAUUUAUUUUGAGGAAGAUUGACCCAAUCGAAAACCAAGUUUGCUCAGAGGAUGUCAGAAAUAUAAUCAAUGAAUUUAUGGCUCAAAAUUUUGAACAGAUCGUACCGAUGGAUGAAUUUAUUGAGUUGAAAAAGGAUGAAAUUUUUUUCUUGUUCAAAUCUCCGGAAACAAAAUAUUUUCCAGAGAAAAUUAAAUGGGAAGCUGCACUGAAAUGGGCCAAACAAAGUCGUCGUCAUCAGAAACUUUUUUCAGACUUGUUCGAGUUGAUAAAACUUGAGGAAUUUUCUGAUGAUUUUAUUCGACAAACAGUCCGAAAUGAACCUUUAGUUAAAGAGUCGCAUAAGUGUAAAGAUUUAUUGCUUGAUGUUCUCUAUCCCAAAGCUCAGGCUGGUAAACUUGUCCCACAUAUUGCUGUCUCAACGCAGUGUGGUAUAAAGGCUCUGAAUCUCCAAACAAAUCAAUGGUCUAGUUUGCAGUCAGAUUAUGAGGUUGGCUUCCAUCUUGUCAAUGCUGAGGGACGAUUUUAUGCUUCAGAUGGGAAUAAAUUGUCUUUGCUACAAGAAGGUCAAUGGAUUAAGAAGACCAAGCUUGAACGGGCGAGUGAUAUGUUCGACCGUAUGGUUUAUCUCAAGGGUGGGAUUUAUAUUAUUAACGUCGGUAGGCAUACAAUUCGAUAUGACAUUGCCAAAGACAGAUGGGAUAAAAAUUUACCUCCAUGUGAUCUUGAUGAUGGUUUUUGUGCUGCGGCCUCUCAUGAGUUUAUAUAUGCGAUGGGAGGUGGUUCAAUACCAGGAGAAGCAAACGUAUACGAUCCUAAAACGAAUAAAUGGUCUUCCUUGCCACAGAUGAUUUAUGAAUCUUAUGAUAGUGCAGCAGUCGUUUUUCAAAGUAUGGUUUAUGUACUGGGAAGUUGGGAUGUUCCCAACCUAGUUCAAUGUUAUAACCCUGUUGUUCGCUCAUGGACAGAAAUUUCAAAAAUGAAGAUGAAUAGAGAAUAUUUCGGUGCAUGUGUUAUUGAUAAUAAGAUGUUUGCAGUUGGUGGUGCUAUAAGUGGAGGCCUGGCUAAGGAUUCUAUUGAAACAUACAAUCAAGAAUCUGGUGAAUGGGAAAUAGUCUGUGAAUUCGAUCGAUCCGAGGUGCAAUGGAGUUAUUGCUGCAGUUAUGCUUGCUAA